GCGAGAAUGACCGUUCCUGCGCCGGUAGAGGGCGAUCACACGGCACGUAACUCAUACCAGCAAGCAUGACAGCGGGACCGGCGAUCAUCGUUUUGAAUCAAAAUACCCGACGGGAGUCCGGUCGGAAAGUUCAGCUUGGUAAUAUAGCCGCUGGAAAGACUAUUGCAGAUGUUAUUCGAACAUGUUUGGGACCAAAGUCUAUGCUGAAGAUGUUGAUGGACCCUAUGGGUGGCAUUGUUAUGACUAACGAUGGUAAUGCCAUUUUAAGGGAGAUCAAUGUACAACAUCCUGCGGCCAAAUCUAUGAUUGAGGUGGCUCGCACACAAGAUGAAGAGACUGGCGAUGGCACAAAGUCUGUUAUUAUUCUAGCUGGCGAGGUGCUGUCUGUGGCAGAAUUAUUCUUGGAGCAGCAGAUGCACCCUACUGUUAUCAUUGCUGCAUACAGACAAGCUCUGGAAGACAGCCUUGAAGUCCUUCGGUCCAAGAUCUGCUUUCCUGUAGAUACAUCUGAUAGGUCUCAGAUGCUAAAGAUCGUAAAGAGCUGUUUAGGCACCAAGUUCUUAAGCAAAUGGAUGGACUUGGGAUGCCAGAUUGCCUUGGAUGCCACAUCGACUGUUGCAAUUGAAGAAAAUGGACGAAGGGAGAUUGACAUCAAGCGAUAUGCCAAAGUCGAAAAGAUACCUGGAGGUACCAUUGAUGAGUCAGAGGUUCUUAGAGGUAUUAUGAUUAACAAAGAUGUUACCCAUCCAAAAAUGCGCAGACGUAUAGAAAACCCUCGCAUUCUGCUUCUGGAUUGUAACUUGGAAUACAAAAAGGGAGAGAGUGUGACUAAUAUUGAGAUAACCAAAGAAGAAGAUUUUGUACGUAUUCUCAAAAUGGAGGAAGAGUUUGUCCAGAAAAUGUGUGAUGACAUCAUUGCAUUGAAGCCAGAUCUCGUCAUCACAGAAAAGGGUGUUUCUGAUCUUGCUCAACACUUUCUUGUCAAAGCUGGCAUUUCUGUCCUACGCCGUGUCAGGAAAACAGACAACAAUCGCAUUGCAAGGGCUGUUGGGGCAACAAUUGCAAACAGGACAGAUGAAUUGAAAGAGGAGGACAUUGGAACUGGCUGUGGGCUAUUCGAAGUGCGGAAGAUUGGUGAUGACUACUUCACAUUUCUCAUUGAGUGUCAGAAUCCAAAAGCUUGCACCAUUCUUCUACGUGGUGCUAGCAAAGAUGUCCUGAAUGAAGUAGAACGCAACCUUCAAGAUGCUAUGAAUGUGGCACGCAAUGUCAUGGUUGAUCCUUUUCUGCUGCCAGGCGGUGGUGCUGCGGAGAUGGCUCUUGCACAUGCACUGAAUGAGAAGGCCAAAUCCAUCACAAGUAUUCACCAGUGGCCAUAUCGGGCCAUCUCUCGUGCCCUGGAAGUAAUACCUCGCACACUUAUCCAGAACUGUGGUGCCAACACCAUACGUACUCUUACUGCUCUGCGAGCAAAACAUGCUCAGGGAGACAAGGUAACAUGGGGCAUUGAUGGCAACACAGGAAAUAUUGUAGACCAGGCAGAAUUUGGUGUCUGGGAACCCAUGUCUGUCAAAGUGCAAGUCUACAAAACAGCUAUUGAGACUGCUAUACUGCUUCUUCGGAUUGACGACAUUGUUUCUGGUACUAAAAAGCAAUCUGAUGCUGAUAAGCCUAAAGCUGCUACAGAAGAGCAAGCUCAUCCUGCAGGUGGUGACCAUGACUAGGUUGACUAUUCUUCAAAUACCAUCAUGUCUCUUGGCUGUUCACAAUUCUAUUAACACUAAGUGAUUUGGACUACACAACAGUCGGCCCAUCCUUGAACAUAGCUUUGUGCUGACAUGUUUUUGUGACAAAGCUGGAUUUUCAAGAUUUGAUUUGUCUGUUAUUAUUUGAGUCUAGCAUCUGUUGUUUGUUAAUCAUGAAGUAUUAGUUUAUUGACAGUAAAAU